CUUAAGUACUCAUCCAAGAGUCACCCCAGUGGUGGUGAUCACCGUCAUGACAAGAUGCGAGACACCACAGAUCCUUCACCACCAAAUAAAAUGCUGCGGCGCUCUGACAGCCCUGAAAACAAAUACGGUGACAACACAGGGCACAGUAAAGCAAAAAGUGUGCAUACUCACAGAGUUAGAGAGAGGGAUGGUGGGACCAGUUACUCUCCACAAGAAAAUUCACACAACCACAGUGCUCUUCAUAGUUCAAAUUCACAUUCUUCUAAUCCCAGCAAUAAUCCAAGCAAAACUUCUGAUGCAGCUUAUGAUUCUGCGGAUGAUUGGUCUGAACACAUCAGCUCUUCUGGCAAAAAAUACUAUUACAACUGCCGAACAGAAGUUUCACAAUGGGAAAAACCAAAAGAGUGGCUGGAAAGAGAGCAGAGACAAAAAGAAGCAAGCAAAAUGUCAGUUAACAGUUUUCCAAAAGAUAGGGAUUACAGAAGAGAGGUGAUGCAGGCGACAGCUGCCAGUGGGUUUGCCAGUGGAAUGGAAGACAAGCAUUCCAGUGACACCAGCAGUAUGCUCCCACAGAAUAUUUUAUCUCAAACAAGCAGGCACAAUGACAGAGACUACAGACUGCCAAGAGCAGAGACUCACAGUAGUUCUACUCCAGUACAGCAUCCCAUCAAACCAGUGGUUCAUCCAACUGCUACCCCAAGCACUGUUCCUCCUAGUCCAUUUUCUCUACAAUCUGAUCACCAGCCAAAGAAAUCCUUUGAUGCUAAUGGAGCAUCUACUUUAUCAAAACUGUCUACAUCUACAUCUUCCAUCCCUGCACAGAAAACAGAGAGAAAAGAGUCUGCAUCUGUGGACAAGUCUGUAUCCCAUUCUUGCACAACUCCUUCUACAUCUUCUGCUUCUGGACUGAAUCCAACUUCUGCGCCUGCUUCAUCUGCUCCUACAGUUCCUGUUUCACCUAUCCCACAAUCACCAAUUCCUCCAUUACUUCAGGACCCAAAUCUCCUUCGACAGCUGCUGCCUGCUCUGCAAGCCACCUUGCAGCUUAAUAAUUCUAGCGUAGAUAUAUCCAAAAUCAAUGAAGUUCUAACAGCAGCUGUGACACAAGCCUCUCUGCAGUCUAUACUCCAUAAAAUUCUUACUGCUGGACCAUCUGCUUUCAAUAUCACCUCCCUAAUUUCUCAAGCUGCACAACUGUCUACGCAAGCUCAGCCAUCUAAUCAGUCUCCAAUGUCUUUAACAUCUGAUGCCUCAUCGCCAAGAUCAUAUGUGUCUCCAAGGAUAAGCACGCCGCAGACUAACACUGUUCCACUUAAACCUUUGAUGACUACGCCACCAGUAUCAUCCCAGCAGAAGGUUGCUACUCCAGGUGUUAAACAGGGACCAGCUUCCCAGGCAGCACCUCAGCAGCCAGUAAUAGCUGACAAGCAGGCGGGUCAUGAACCUGCCUCUCCACGAAGUCUUCAGCGUUCAAGUAGUCAAAGAAGUCCAUCACCAGGUCCAAAUCAUACCUCUAGCAGUAGUGCAUCAAACUCAACACCUGCACCACAGAAUACAUCUGUACGACCCACAUGUUCAUUAACACCUACGCUAGCAGCACACUUCAAUGAAAACCUUAUAAAGCAUGUUCAAGGCUGGCCUGCAGAUCACGCAGAAAAGCAGGCAUCAAGAUUACGUGAGGAAGCCCAUAACAUGGGAAGUGUGCAUAUGUCAGAAAUUUGUACUGAAUUAAAGAAUUUAAGGUCUUUAGUUCGAGUAUGUGAAAUUCAAGCAACUUUGCGUGAGCAAAGGAUACUAUUUUUGAGGCAACAAAUUAAAGAACUUGAAAAGCUAAAGAAUCAGAAUUCCUUCAUGGUGUGAAAAGUUGUAAACAAUUGCACAUGGUUUUGAAUACAGGAACUAUUAAACUGAUGCCCGGUCUUAACACUUUUGAGCUGCAUUUGAGUAGACUUU